CAGUCAGUCGAGCAUUCCGCUCGGUUUGCAUAUCCAUGUCGAAACCACGCGCACUUCACUUUCACUACCGUCUCGCCCGCCGCCGAUAAUAAUGCCAUACUCUAUACUCAGUAACGAGAGAGCAGGGGAACCACGGCGACAACACACAAGGCGAACGGCUGUCGCUUACCUUCCCAAGCUCCGUCGCUGACCGCAGUCCGCAAGAUGUCUUCCAACGAAACAAAAGCAAGUGAUAACGCGUGAUUUAAAUUUUCAAAACACAAAAAAAAAAACCAGCUUCGUGAUGAUGGCAACGACGGGAAAAAUCGUAGUGCGCGUUGUGUUCAUAGUCUGCAUGAUACUCAUCCUACUCGGGGACUAUACAGGUCUCAUCAGUAAGUUGUUAGGUGGUAAUCCACACAAGGAUCAACUCGCGACGCGUCCCAGACCUACGAAUCCUGGGUAUGGUGACCAUAAAACCGAAAUUGAUCUGGAUGCAGAUAUAGAGGAUGAUAGUAUAAAGAAUUUAGGAGGUCAAACAUCAAGAUCACAAAUUUUGGCAACCAUUAAAAACGCCUGCCUGCCAAAGUUGAUUUGUGAGCUGAACGCGACACCUCAGAAGGAAAAACUUACCGACUCGGAAAAGUCGUUGCUGUCCCUGAUACGUGAUACUUCAAUCAGUACAACAGCAGAAUUAACAUCAAAAUAUCACUUUGCCGCGCACAUGGGACAACUGAUCGCUGGUGUCGAUGGUAAUGGUUGUCACAAUUUUUAUCCAACAUGUCCGUUUCCGGGCCUGCAAGUGCUGCAGAUCAUGAAGAAAGUGCGAAUGCGUUGAGUCAACAACGACUUUACUAAUGUGUAAAAAAGACAACAAUUGGUGUGACAUGUUUCUCCCCUCCGAAUGAAAAGUGAAAGAAGCUCGCAAAAAGUGGAAAGGAAGCAAAGUCAAUCUAUUAAACAAGAUUGAAUGAUUUCGAGCGGAAAAUAAAAAAAAAUUGAGAACUGAUGCAAAAACAUCAUUUAUCAUUUCAUUAUUGACUCAUCAUGUAUCAUAAUGUUGCUUAAUGCAUCAAAUAAUGAAAUUUACAAACUCCAUCAACUAUAAACUAUAUUAAUGUAUGUUUGUAGCGUUAAGUACUACCUAUAAUGACGUGAAUAAGUGCUGUGAACAUUUGUUUAUUACAACGUAUGAUACGUUCAAAACAAGACAAUAUUAAUUAAA